UUGGCUGAGUGUGGUGUGAAGCGCGUCAGUUGGUGAAUAGCCCCUAUUAAACCUUUGCAGUUUUUCCUUCCAGCGAGAACUAUAGCAAGGAAUAUGCAAUAAUCUGUUGUUCGUGGAAGCCCAGUAUCGUGUUUUUAGGUAGUUGAAGUGUGAAUAAGCAUUAAACUCUCGGCAAAUGGUGCAAACCUAGCCGCUGCUUCGAUUCAGGCGUCUUUCGGUCAAGUUUGUGUUGACAGUAUAGCCGUGAUUUUAAGUACUUAUACGACCCUUGCCUCUUGUAAUUUUUAGCUUCGCCUGAUUACAAAACAAGUGAUCGAGUGCAAUUUGGUAAAUCAUUGGGAUUGAGUGAUCAAACCAUUACGUGGAACGGUGGAAGUUUGGAACUACAACGACUUCGUCUCCUCAGAGGCUCAGCAUAGGUUUACAGGACAUCUUAUUGAAGAAUGCAUGUGACUUGGGCCUUAUGAGAGCGAGUCACAAGGCAGCGGGAGGCGAGUCCGCUUCUCCGACUGCUCCCAAAGACGACAGCGGAGGCGGUGGUGGAGCGGACUCCAUGUCGGCUAUAGGGGCUGAUGCCCCCCACCGUAUUGCACCUACAAGAACUCGCGCGAGCGCCAGCAUGAUUGAUCCUAAGCGUCACCUUCUCUGGUAUUCCUACAUAAGCUUCGCCAUGCUAGCGUUGCUGAUGGUCGCUUCAUCGGCUUCCGCUCUUAUGGCUGAAGCCACGCACGACUCCCUCUUCAUCGUGGAGAGAUUCGAGGAUGAGGAAUGGCAGUCGUUCCAACAUAUCGCUGUAGAUAAGAGCUCUGGCAAUGUGUAUGCAGCCGGUGUCAAUAGAUUGUAUCAGUUGGAUCUGAAUCUGAAUUUAAUUCAAACUGUGGUGACGGGGCCUAUCGAUGACGCGAUGCAAUGCUCGGCCACUGGCUGUGCAGGCGAUGCCAUCAAAGCCAUGAAACCCACUGACAACAUCAAUAAGGUGCUACUCUUGGACUAUCUGAGAGCGCGCGUGAUAGUAUGUGGCACGGUGCGGCAAGGUUCGUGUCAAGUACGAGACUUGAGUAACAUAACGAUCCUCACACGGAAUGUGAGUGAGCCUAUCGCUGCCAAUAACGCCUCGACCUCAACAGUAGCAUUUAUUGCUCAGGGACCUCCAUAUUACCCUCGCAGUCACGUGCUGUACAUCGGAGUUACCUACAGCGGCGAGUCGUCUUACAGGCACGAAGUUCCUGCUGUGGCAUCGCGGUCAUUAGAAGACGACCGUUUCUUCGAGGUGGCGGUAACGGACGUGACUACCAGCACACGAAUGCUCGUCAAUAACCUGCACAGAUCAAGUUUCCCCAUCACUUACGUGCAUGGCUUUGGCUCGGGCAAGUUCAGCUAUUUUCUCACCCGCCAGCGAGCCGACGUCAAGGCCGAGUCACAUUACCUGAGCAAAUUGGUGCGCAUUUGUCAGAACGACAGUGCUUAUUAUUCCUACACAGAAGUGCCUCUGAAGUGUCGUGACUCAAGCGGAAAGGAUUAUAACCUAGUGCAAGCGGCCUUCGUAGGCAAAGCUGGCAACGAACUAUCUUCUCAGUUAGGCAUCCAGAUCAAAGACGAUGUGUUGUUCGCUGUUUUCUCUCCAUCUGACCCUAGCAAAGGAGCUGGCUCUGCUUACCCGACCUCGGAGAGCGCGCUCUGUGUCUACAGCCUUAAAAACAUUCAAACCAAAUUCAUCCACAACAUCCAAGAGUGCUUCAGAGGCAACGGAUACCGCGGUUUGGACUUUAUUUCCACGUCUAACAAAUGCAUUGCCACGCGCAUUCGUGAUAUCAACGAGGAUUUCUGCGGCAUGGAUGUGAACACUCCGCUGGGGGGCGAACAAGCCAUCGAAGUGGUGGCUCUGCUCACUUUCCCCGUCCGCCUUACCGCCGUAGCCAUCACUUCCACCGAGACCUACACUGUCGUCUACCUCGGCACUACCAACGGACAUCUCAAAAAGGUGGUGGUCGGAGACCAGAACAGUGCUCUGGAGUACGGCGACAUUACGGUGGACGAAGGCUCCCCGGUGCGACAGGAUAUGUUCUUUGACAAGGAGGGCGAUCAUCUCUACGUCGUCACUAGCAACAAGAUCUCUAAAGUGAAGGCCCAGGAGUGCAGCAUCUACAAGGGGUGCGAGCAAUGCUUGGGCGCCCGAGACCCGUACUGUGGCUGGUGCUCGCUGGAGAACAAGUGUUCUUUGCGACGCGACUGUCGAGAUGCCACGCAGGAUCCUCAACAUUGGGUCAGCUACAAGACCGGCCGCUGCACCACCAUCGCUAAAGUCUCCCCUGACAAACUCCAGAGAACUACCGCUAGAACUCUGAACUUGAUCAUCGAGAACCUGCCAUCAGUAGAAGGGCCCCUGGAGUGCGUGUUCCGGGCCAUGAACAAAGUGCUGACGACGCCCGCCAAACGUACCGCACAGGGCGUGCAGUGCACCACACCUCGCAACGACAUGCUCCCUGACAUACCUCAGAACCAGCACCAUUUCACGGCCGACCUGUGGGUGCGUAAGGAGGAAGGCCCCGAGUUCGUGUCAACGAACUUUACGUUCUUCGACUGCAACACGUACAGUUCGUGUACCGAGUGCGUGUCUUCUGACUUUCCCUGCGACUGGUGCGUGGACGGGCACAGAUGCACGCACGACUCUGCUGAGAACUGCCGCAACGACGUCCUCGUUAACGGCGUCAAGCGCGUGGGGCCAAGCAUCAGGAGCGGGCCCACCUUCUGUCCCCGCAUCACCGUGGUCGAGAGCGAAGAAAUCCUUGUUUCUUCUGGCACAGAAAAAAGCAUUAAAGUCAAAGUCGACAAUAUUGCUCAAUUCAUCACCCAGACGCGCUUCGUGUGUCAGUUCAACAUCGAGGGCCGCGUGACGAGCGUGACAGCAAAGCUCCUGAGUGACACCAUCUACUGCGAUAAGAUGGAGUUCGUAUACACCACACCAUCGCCCUCCACCAACGCCAGCUUCGCCGUCAUCUGGGGCGGCUCUAAGCCCCUAGACAACCCCGACGAUAUCCAUGUGUUGGUGUACCAGUGUCAGCUGAUGGCUGAUAACUGCGGUCAGUGUCUAUCGCUGUCCGAGCGUUACCAGUGUGGUUGGUGCCAGUCAACGGGCCGUUGUAUGGUGUCGGACAAGUGCAGUGGUGGAUCUGCCUGGCUACAACGAGACAAAACUUGUCCCAACAUCAACGUGACUUCCUUUUAUCCGGAGACUGGGCCAUGGGAGGGAGACACCAAUGUCACAAUUCACGGCAUCAAUUUGGGCAAGCAUUUCAACGACAUUUACGACGGCAUCACCAUCGCCGGCAUCCAGUGCCAGCCCUUCCAGGAGACCUACGUCCCCACCGAGCAGGUCACCUGCAGGGUCGACAGUCCCGGAAUAGACGAGUACAAGGAGGGACCUGUCGUUGUCAUGGUUGCCAAAGAAUUUCGUGGUGAGUCAGCUGGCAAGUACAAGUUCGUGAACCCGAAGAUAACUUCAGUGACUCCCACCUCUGGUCCGCUGAGCGGCGGUACUGUGAUCUACAUCAGCGGCGAGCACAUGAAUGCCGGCAGCAACAUCACAGCCAGCAUCGCCGGACUGCCGUGCCACAUCAUCACGUCGAACAGCACGGUGGCGUGGUGCAGGACGAGCGCAAGCCACAAGAGGCACCAGGGCAGCGUGGUCAUGAGGUUUGACAAAGGCGUGCGGGAGCUCGCAGGCCAGCGCUUUACUUACGUUGAUGAUCCUGUCAUUACGAGCGUCCGUAGCGGCAGAGCUGGCCAGGCUGCGGGAAUGCGCAACGGGCCACGCGGUAUACCGAACGGCGGGAUUAUCAUCACCGUCGACGGACGAGGGUUUGAUGUGAUCGCUGAGCCCAAGAUGUACGUGGAGUACGACGACGUCGAGUUCAACAGUCCUUGCUUCGUGAAGAAUGACACCCGCAUGGAGUGCCGCACUCCCGAGAUCCUGAUACCUCCGGAGCGCGAACGCGAGCUGGACCCUACCAACGGCAUGAAUUUAAUGUACGGCUUCAUAAUGGAUAACGUCACGAGUGUACGCAACCUGCCUCAAAACAACCACAACAGCCUGCAAUACUUCUCGCUCUUCCCAGACCCAGAAUACUACGCGUUUGGGGAAGAUGAUGACACCGUCAAAGAGUAUAAAUCUGACUACUUGACCAUCAACGGAGCGAACUUGGAUCGCGCCUCACAAGAACUUGAUGUAGAAGUUCGUAUUGGAGACGAGUUCUGCAACGUAACUUCGUUGUCGCGGUCUCAACUGACGUGUAGACCUCCAGAAGAGCAACCGUCCCCUGCACCUGGCGAUAAAAGUGACACAGGCUUGCCUCUGGUCGUGGUCAAAAUAGGCAACAAACUUGAGUAUAGAAUCGGUCGUCUGCAGUACUCAGGGCUGUCUGAGGUGGGAGCCUUCAACCAGCAGCUCAUUAUCGGGUUGUCUGUGGGCGCUGUGGUACUCAUCAUCAUCUUGAUUGUGUGUCUCAUCGUCUACCGUCAAAAGAGUAACCAAAACUCGCGAGUACUCAAGAAUAUGCAAGAACAAAUGGAUGUCCUGGAAUUGAGAGUUGCCGCGGAGUGUAAAGAGGCUUUCGCGGAGCUUCAGACAGAAAUGACAGACUUGACGAGUGACCUGAUAGGAGCUGGCGGAAUACCUUUCUUGGAUUAUCGCUUCUACACAAUGAAGAUCCUUUUCCCUAACAUGGAUGAAACUUCAGUCCUUCAGAUGGAAAGGCCCGACUUGGACAGAAAAGAAAAGGGUCUCAAGAUAUUCAACCAACUUAUCUUGAACAAGACUUUCUUACUUCUGUUCAUCAGGACUCUAGAAGCUAAUCGCUAUUUUUCUAUGCGCGAUCGUGUCAAUGUCGCUUCCCUCAUUAUGGUGGCUUUGCAAGGCAAGAUGGAAUAUUGCUCUGACAUCCUGAAAACUUUACUAGCCGAGCUUAUUGAACGUUGCAUUGAUGGCAAAAUUCACCCGAAACUUCUUUUCCGCCGGACUGAGAGCGUUGCUGAAAAAAUGCUCUCGUCCUGGUUCACUUUCCUGCUUUACAAAUUCCUGAAGGAAUGUGCGGGCGAGCCUCUUUACAUGCUCUUCAGGGCCAUCAAACAACAGGUGGACAAGGGGCCUGUAGAUGCCGUAUUUAGUGAAGCGCGAUACUCGCUUUCUGAAGAGAAGCUUAUCCGCCAGAGUAUCGAGUACAAGGAGAUGACCGUAGAAGUAUCCAUGUGCCAAAUAUACCUCGGUGGAGGUGGUGACGGCACUGUUGAGGGCGGAGAGACUCCAGUGAAGGUGCUUGACUGCGAUACCAUUAGUCAGGUGAAGGAGAAGGCCCUGGAUGCAAUCUACCGAUACUACCCUUACUCCCACCGCCCCUGGCGAGACGAGCUCGACCUCGAGUGGAGGACUGGCACCUCGGGUCGACUGAUCCUGUACGACGAAGACAGCACUACACGGGCGGAGAGCGGCUGGAAGCGUCUCAACACGCUCUCUCAUUACAACGUGCCCGAUAUGGCACAGCUCACACUUAUCCCGAAACAGUCAUCCCUCUAUAACUACAUGUCAAUGCUCUCGGAUAAGUCGGACAAGUCUCACCACCAGAACCAGCACCACAACCAUCAGUCCCAGCAGCACCAGAAAUACGAGACUCUUAAUCUCAGUAAAUUUAGCUCGGCCAGCCCUCCUCUAUCUCGGGCUACGUCUCCUCUUAACCAUGACAACGACGCUGGAGUCAAAAAUUUCAGUUACAGUCGCGUCAGGUCGCCGAAGGGCUCUACUUUUGCAGAUGACACGACCUUCUUACAUCCUGCCUUCCAGCAAAGACAGAGGGACACGCAGUCCUUUGAUAACAACUGCAGAAAUAAUAAGGUGUGGCAUUUGGUGCGGCAGCAAGAGACAGAACAACGCGAAGGCGAGCAGCGCUCCAACAAAAUGGUCUCUGAAAUUUACCUCACUCGUCUCCUCUCAACCAAACUCACCCUGCAGAAAUUUGUCGACGAUCUAUUUGAGACGAUAUUCAGCAUCGCCCACCGGGGCUCAGCUUUGCCAUUAGCCAUUAAGUAUAUGUUCGAUUUCCUGGAUGAUCAAGCCCUGCAGCACGGCAUCACAGACCCUGAGGUUGUUCACACGUGGAAGAGUAACAGCUUACCGUUGCGGUUCUGGGUCAACCUCAUAAAAAAUCCCAAUUUCGUCUUCGACAUUCACAAGUCGAACAUCGUCGAUGCUUGCCUCUCUGUUGUGGCACAGACUUUCAUGGAUUCUUGCUCAACGUCCGAUCACAGAUUAGGUAAAGAUUCUCCGAGCUCUAAGCUGCUGUACGCCAAAGACAUCCCCAUCUACAAGGAGUGGGUGGACCGCUACUACAGCGACAUUAAGAUGAUGCAGCCCAUCUCCGACCAGGACAUGAACGCCAUGCUGGCUGAAGAAAGCAGAAUGCACGCGUCGGAGUUCAACACGAUGGCAGCGCUAGCCGAGCUCUAUGGCUACGCCUUCAAGUACAACGACCAGCUCAUCCUAGCCCUCGAAGAAGACGAAUUCUCAACUAAGCAGCGACUCGCUUAUAAGCUCGAGCAGAUACACAACAUCAUGUCCAACGACUGACAAGACGCCCCUGCCCAGCCUUCCAAUCCUCCUCCUGAACCGGCUCCUCCUUCUUCCCCAUCUCGUCUGUACAGCAGCCCUGCUGGGAUGAUCCCAUCCAACAACCAGCAUCAUUCCCCAACUAGGCAUUACCCUACCCACAACCCCAACGCUCCUAACAACCACCAACACUCACCCACCCGACAUUAUUCUUCCCACACUCUUGCUAACGCCUCGCAUGCUGGAAGUGGAGGCCAACAUUCCCCCACUCAUCACUACGCUCCCCCUGUGCCUGUUGGACCUCCUCCUCACCAGCUACCUCCGCAUUACCAGUCCCAACUGGAGACAGCCUUUUUCAUGAGGGGCCAUGAUGGACCCGGCGGUCCAAUGGACAAUAUGGUUGACUUGAAUGGUGGUGAUCACAGUGGCAGCGGAGUGGGCGCCGGUGGGCCGGGCAUGGAAAGUGGGGACAUGUAUUUGUAUGGAGUGCCUCAUCAUGGGCCUAGGUUGUCGCCAGCUCCGUUCCCCACACAUCCACACUACAAUAACAGACCUGGUCCUGAUGUUUAUGAGUUCGAAUAUGAAGAGCCGCACUUUACCUGAAGUUCAACCGUGUCAACUAUCACGGGUUGCGACGUGAGUCUCUAGUAAGAAAUUCCCACCAUUAUACUCCGAAGAUUAUGAUGCAGGCUGCAAACUAUGGAGAUCAAGCGAAAAGCCGUCAUCUACCACCCGUUAGAUUUUGGUGCUUGAUCCAGCAAGGAUUUUAGGUAAAUGCUCCCGGAUCAUUAUCUUCCAAUUUCAUAAUUCUUGAUACACUUUGGCAUUAUAAAGUUUCUUUAUAAACAAUGUUAACUUGAUGUAAAGCGAUGGAAAAAGUCUCUCAGUAAAGGAAAACAUACCCUACUAGACAUAUAACCUUUGAUCAACGUUGAAUGAGACGUUGUUCGGUCGAAUCAAUAUUAAUUAAGCGUUGUUUCAACGUCACUUGCCUGGUGUCUAGUGUUCAUCAGCGCAUGUUUGCAUUCAUUCUAAAUUUCUGAUGCAUUUCUCAGACCGAUCCAUCCUAGAUCUCAAUUAAUAAGUCUAGUAGAAUUUGAUCUCUAGAAAGUGCAUUGUGGAAAAAUAACUUGCCCAAACGUAGUCAGAUUUUAAGAAGAUUAUGCAUCGUUAAAAGUAUGAUAGCUUCAAUCUCAAAUUAAUCAGCCUCUCAUUCUUUUAACUGCGCGAAUGUGAGUUCGAUAUUUAGCAUGAAAUUUAAAUCGAUUUCUGAUACAACAAAAGUUCGCCUGCGGCAUGAAAAUACUUCUUUUUGAAUCAGACUGUUUAAGAGAGUUCUUUUCGAAACUCUUGACGAUGAUAGUACUGUAGUGAACCUCUUCCCUGCUCACAAACCCUGUCGCUUAUGUUCUUCGACAGUGUGCGCAGAUCAUAUGUUUAAGUUUCAGCGUUUCAUUGUGAUAAUUCCGACUAUUCGGUGUGUAAGCUUUUUAGUAAGGAUAUUUUAGCGAGUAGAUAAGUGAUCACUGUCAAUUAUUUUUUUAUAUUACAAUGACGACCUGACUUGGUCACGGGAGGCAACAGGCAAGGCUAAACUGCAAAAUAUUAGUCAUGAUAUUUUUGUCCCAAUUAGAGAAAUAUCAGGGUUACGAAAUAGCCUGUUCAACUUAGCAUAGUCUGCUCAAGUGAAGAAUUUUGUUCUUUAUAGCGGUAAAUGACGAGUGUGCUAAAGCUUCAUAAAAUCCGCAAAAGUAAAACUGCACGUGGGGUCUUGACUUCAAUAAUUGAGCAGCGCUUAUUCCUGGCUGAGCCGUUCAGCACAUUAAGUACUAUAUUAAUGUUCGGCUUGUUAAGAUGCGGUACUGUAUCACUCUUCGGUAUCAUCGAGUGUGUUUAAUCUUUUGCUGAAAUUUACUCAACAUAUAACAUUGUGCCCAGAGUAUAGCACUGCAGCGGUCGUACUCGUGUACAAUUACCGUGAGUGUUUUAGCCAGUAGUGCGGUAUAACUGCUAACCAUCAUAAGCUCUGAAGACUUAACACAGUCGUGUCAUAUCAGCCUGUAUUCGCGCCUGCCCGUGUAUCUGCUUGGUAUUGUUACGCAAUAGCUGCUAUCUUAACAAUCUGUACGUGUCAUCAUGUGUAAAUGUUUAAGCUUCUGACGUUAGUCCGUGUCUUUAUAAAUAUUAUGGCAAACACAUUUCAAGUAUUAUUCGUUGGAAGCAGGUUUAGAAAAGAUUAAUGUAAAAGUAUUACUAUUAAUUAGGUACGGAUUAUAAUGGUUCAGCUUGAUAGGUUUUCACCCGAGUCGGAUACUGAUCUGCAAUAUGGCUACAGUUUCCCAUUGAAAUUCUCAGCAGUAUUGACACCUUUCGUCACUUGUCAUUCGUUCGAGGUUCGGAUGCCUGGCUGCAUUCUAUUCGUUUUCUUCGAUGUCUCGUAUCAAGGCCUUACUAAGAUUUGUUAAUCAUCCGUCAGCUUCCAUUGGGUGUGCAGUGAUUUUGACGCUAGCCUCAGCUUUUAAUUCCAUCGUCAGUCGUUUGCUCAAUCGUUCAUUGCGUGUAAUACUCAUUUGAAUCCUCUAAGAACGCUAUUGCAGAUGUCUUGGUAUUUAUUAUUUUAUCGUUGACCUUUUUUGUAUUUCUGUUACCAUCUGUUCAUUCAAAUGGUAACAUCUGAAUCUGUUCAUUGUUACCCGAAGUUCAUUCAGUUUCUUAACUGCGUUCUGAUCUACGUCAUUACAUGUCACUACCUCUCCUUUAAAGCACAUGUCACUACAUGCGCUUUUGAAUACGUAUAUAGCCAUUAUUUGUUUUUGAUCAAAAUUACUCGGUAUUUUGAUCGCAGUGGAUCUCCUCCGAAAAGCCUUUUAUCGACAAACAUAAAUACGCUGUAACGAUAGAAAGAAUAAUUCAAUAAUUCGAUGUUCUUGAAAGAUAAACUGUACCUGAGCGACUCUCGUACUUUUGAACACUCAACUUCUUGACAACUACGGUAACGCUGUUGGUGCUUCGCACUUGUACGUAUCUCAUUCCUCUUAAAUUAUUUUUUAAUCUAUGUCCAAAGACUUUCUUUCUUUCAGCAUUUAAUUAGUUUACCAAAAUCUAAAAUUAUGCGGACCGAAAUUUUCGUUUCGCCCCAAGAAGAUCGGUCUGGUGACAAUGUUUGCUACUCCACUGAUGUUAUUUUUGGGAAAGUUGUUACUGUACACGAGUCUCUGCCGCUUCAUAAAAUCGAAAAGAGUUUGUGUUAUUGUCCGUCGCUGUAGAAACUUGUUUCACUUCGCGGUUUUUAGCUUGCAUGUAGAAAUAAUUGAUUAUUUAUCGCGUUCUUAAUAAUUUUAUUUUCCAUCUCGAUGUACUCGAUUGUGUUGAGUUGUUGUACUCGUGUGUACAGGUUAGUCAUUCUUUCUGUUGAUUGUUUUUAUAUUAUUUUGUGAUGUCUGAUCUUGUGGAUUAUCUGAUAUCUUUAUGUGCUUUACUCUUGUAUAAAAUAAAUCAUAUGCAGAAUACUCACAUUAGCGAGACCUGCUCGAACAAGCUGCCCUCGCAGUAAAUAGCUAAACCCUGCAUUUCUUGUGCCGACGGAUGCGUCGUCUUAUUCAUAAUUAUAUUCCUACAAAAUUUCGGGAAAUUUUUCAAACAGUAAUGGCUUGGAUCUAACCGCUUUAUCUUGAUGUCUUUGUCGGCUGUAGUAAAUAUUUUUUUUAUCUUGUGAGCCUUACAUUAUUUAUAUAUACUUAAUUAUUGCGAUUGUUUUUAACUGUAAGCCUUCAUGUCGCUCACACCCGAAUGACGGUUAUACAGAAAUUCCAAUUUCAAUCUUCGUAAACCAUAUAUUUACUGAAUAUUUCUACGAUUUUAACCGUUUAUGUACAUUAUUUUGUGUAUAGUUUCUUUGUAUCAUAUUAGGUGAAAAAACUACAUAGCGUUUAAAUAAUCAAUUGAAUGACAGAAAAGUGGCCACGACCCGUGAGGCUGGGGGACUGAAAUAUCUCAUCGAUUGAACAAUACAUUCUAAACCUGAAACCAAAGCAUGAAUUAAGUUAUGGCAAACCUUGGCUUUCAAUCUAGAAGAUUAGUACUGUCGUUAAACUACACUUGUAAUUUUAGAAUAAUCUCUCAUCGCGUCGAAUUAUCUCAAUGACCGGCAUCUCGUGAGGUAACAGUUUUAUCAAAAUUUAUUUGGCACACUUUCAAACGUUGUUCUUUUUCUUUACAAGACAAAAUCUAUGUUGUAUUCUUAAUGCGAGGUUCUUAUCUCUCGAAUGAGAAACACUCGUUGCCUAUAUUGACUUGCAUUUUUCUUUUCUAAUUCUUGUGAGGCCAAUCUUUAGUGUUAAAUGAGUGCAGGCAUAUGAAGUGAAGGGUCGUGGUAGGUACGGCGUGUCUGAUUGUGUAAAUAUUAUUCUAGGAGUAAUAAUAUUAGUAAUAUUCAUUACUAUCGCGUACCAUGUCUUCAAGUAUCAAGCCAUUCUUCCUUUGACAGGAAUGGUUUAAGGCAUUUUUUAUGGUGUUACAAUACGUGAAGCUAGCCAGUGUCAUAGCCAUUAAUUAUGCCAGCUCUGUGCAUCCCUUUCCAAUUUUGCUCUAUUUUCCCUCUUCGAUUCAGUUUUCUUUAUAGCUUCACCCGGUACUGCAGCUAAGCAUUCGACGUUUUAGUUCUGUACGUAAUUUUACAAAAAAUAAUUGAGCUGAUUUAAUGAACUCCUUAUCCCAAAUGUGAAAUGUCCCUCGUUUGUACCGAAUUUAUUGCUUGAAUAAUGAUGAACCUGAUGGGUUCAUCGUUUGUUGGUACAGUAAUGCCCUUUCUAUUCUCUGUAGACUUCGAAACUCGUUGCCGCUAAACUUUAUUGUUGCUUUCAAUGGAAUUAGCAGUUAAUGGAUUUUCUGAACCUGUACAUUCCUGAUCUAUACAUCGUCUGUCUGUCCUUUGGAGUCUCUCAAUAGUUAUCCUGCUAUGAAUGCUAUAUUCUCUCGCCGUGCCGUAAUUCCCGUAACAGAAUAAUGAUCAUCUGUAGUUAUUUAAAGCGCGAGAUUAAUAUUUAUAAGGAAUAAUAAUUUUGUGCAUUCGAAUGGACUGAUGAUAUUUAAGUUAUCCACACUCGCGUCCGUAGAUAAUUUCUUAUAAUCCCGAAUCGUGGUUUAUCGACAUCUUCAAAUUUUCCGCACUCGAGCUACAAACACGGUCCUCUUUCGACUUAAUUUUUGUUCUCUGGGUUGAACCCAGUGUUCUGGUGAAAAUUUAACAUACGCCCUUAGUUUCACGGCUCAACAGUGAAAUGUUACUGUUGCGUUACUGUCCCUAAUCACAGCUGUACAGGCCCGCACCUUGUAUGUUUGUCAUAUCUGUGUUUCAUAUAAAUGGAUAAAUAAACUUUUUCACUGUAAUACC